AUGGACACUGAACGAGAGCUCCUGGCUGAGAUCUCGACUGCAAAGCCCACCAUGUCAGACAUUGAUAAUAGGUCUGACACUACGGACGACGAUCUCUCUCCGUCUCUGGCUACUACGCAGUCAUACGCUUCCGUACCAUCCUUGCGACCGACUAUGGAUAAGCCCACAAUCAACCCCUCCUCGACGCACCUGGGUCAGAUCAAUGCAGCUCGACGAGGAGUCGGCACCGUCCCUCGUCCCCAAGCUUCGAUGAGUGGCGCGCAGCCGGGAGGAUUGAAUCAGGACAUUUUGGCCAAAAUGAAGGCAUUCUCCUUAUCUCGACAAGGAGCGCCGCCGAGUCUGACACAUGCUAAUACAACUAACUUCGUGCCUAAAGCCUCCUCACCAUCCACCUCUAUCGCUAGCCCCGUUUCGUCUCCGCCUUCCGCCGCGAACGGAUCUCUCGGUGGUGCUUUCGCGGGCCGCUUGCCUCCUGGGGCGGUCCGGCCGGGCACCAAGAAUUGGGUUUCAUCUCCCUCUGUCCCUCAUGGGUCGCCUACAAACUCGCCGAAACCGGGUGGCCUGGCAGCAAAACGCAUGAAGCCCGGCCUCAAGCUCUCUGAUGCAACUGGCUCGAACAGCCCUGCCCCAGAUGGACAGUCUAACGGUGAAUCUGGAAAGCAGGAGACAGCGUUCAGCAGGUACUCUGAGUUCAUCGACACGAAAGCGGGGACGCUCAAUUUCAAGAACAAAGCAAUUCUCCACGGCGGUGGAAUCGAAUUUUCCUCGGGCCAAAGUUUCAGCAUAUCAUUAGACGAGGUCGACCGCUUGGAUGAACUGGGCAAGGGUAACUAUGGCACUGUUUAUAAGGUUCGACAUACGAAUUCGCAGGAUUCGCUCUCUGGUGUUGUCAUGGCGAUGAAGGAAAUCCGUCUAGAGCUAGACGAGAGCAAAUUCGCGCAAAUCAUUAUGGAGUUGGACAUUCUGCAUCGGUGUGUCUCGCCGUUCAUCAUUGACUUCUACGGCGCCUUCUUCCAGGAAGGAGCGGUAUAUAUCUGCGUUGAGUACAUGGAUGGUGGUUCAAUCGACAAGAUCUACAAGGAGGGUAUCCCGGAGAAUAUCCUUCGGAAGGUCGCGUUGUCCACAGUCAUGGGUUUGAGAACGCUCAAGGAUGACCACAAUAUCAUUCAUCGCGAUGUCAAGCCCACGAAUAUCCUAAUCAAUUCGCGUGGACAGAUCAAGAUCUGUGACUUCGGCGUGAGCGGUAACCUUGUCGCCAGUAUUGCCAAGACGAAUAUUGGAUGCCAGAGUUAUAUGGCGCCCGAGCGUAUCGCUGGUGGCGGCGUCCAACAGUCUGGUUCCAGUGGAGGUGGAACUUACAGUGUUCAGAGCGAUGUGUGGAGCUUGGGUCUAUCCAUCAUUGAGUGUGCCAUCGGCCGCUACCCUUACCCACCAGAGACCUUCAACAACAUUUUCAGUCAACUACACGCGAUUGUCCAUGGAGAUGCUCCCACCCUUCCUGAAACCGGAUACUCGGAAGAAGCGCAUGCCUUUGUCCGCGCCUGCUUGGAUAAGAAUCCGAAUAACCGCCCCUCUUAUAACAUGCUUCUUCGACACCCCUGGCUAUCCUCGCUCAUGCAACCCCCGGGCGAAUCGGACGGAGCGAAUGAAGAGGUCACGCCGAUAGUCAAUGGUUCUGGAUCCGGGGGUUCGCCUUCGACUGAGGACCCAGAAGUGGCAGAAUGGGUGAAGGAAAGGCUCGAGCGUCGUGAAAAGGGGCUUCUCCUUGAAGCAGAUAAGCCGGCACUUCACGCAGUGGCUCUCGAUGCAGUUCCGGGAAGCCCCUUGUUGGAUGAUCCGUCCGCGAUGUACAAUCAGGGUUGA